AUGAAAUUUCUUCCUGUUACACCUCUUUUCUUGCUGCUCUCAAGCUUUACUUCCUCAAUCGUCCACGUCGUAGCUCGAGUUGAUCCAAUAGAUUGUGCUGGUUUUAUCUAUGAUGAAGAACAUAUCGCAAACCGCUAUGUGAAGGCCAAGAAUGCAAUGGCAAAUUGGGAGACUACAACUAAGCCAGAAACCGCAAAUAAACGUCCAUUUGAGAGCUAUUGGCAGCGAGCUCACAGAUCGAGGGAAGAAAGGGAGAAAUACACCUCUAAUGCUAUAAUUGUGCCACUGCAUGGUAGAUUACACCCUGGCAGUGAAGCCUUCAUCGUUAUGGACAAGCCUAACAGUCGAUGGGUAGCUAAGAAUUUUGUAAUUUACGGAAAGGAUAAAAGAUUUCACGAUUGCCUUGCAGACUAUGUGACAAAAGACGGAAAAAGUAUUGAUGGGAUGGCUCGAAUGAUUUGGUUUCUAGAAAAUCGAGAGUAG